GUUGGAGGAUCCAGGCGCUGUGCAGGAACACUGGAGGUGAAACGAGGAGAGUGGAGACCAGUGGAUGGCUCUGACUGGACUCUGACGUCAGCAGAUCUGGCCUGCAGAGACUUGGACUGUGGCUCUGCUGUGUCAACAAGAAUAAGAGAUGAGUUUGUCAACAAGUCUGCAUGGAAGAUCAGUCCUGAGUGUAUUAGGGGUAGAUAUACCCUGAGAGAGUGUGUAGAAUCAGGUUCUUCCUCUUCAGUCCUGGAGCUCACCUGCUUGGAGCCUGUCAGGUUGGUGGGAGGAUCCGGUCGCUGUGCAGGAGCACUGGAGGUGAGGCGAGGACACUGGAGACCAGUAGAUGGCUCUGACUGGACCCUGAAGGAAGCAGCUGUCGUCUGCAGAGACUUGGACUGUGGCUCUGCUGUUUCAACUGCAGUAAGAAAUGAGUCCGUCCGCAAAUCUGCAUGGAAGAUCAGACCUGACUGUAUUCAGGCUGGAUAUACCCCGAGGAAGUGUGCAACAUCCGGAUCUUCUUCUUCCAUCCUGGAGAUCACCUGCUCAG